GGAGGAGGCUGCGGCCGAGGCGAGCUUUGAAUAGGGAAGUUUUGCAGGGGGUUGCAUUCGCAGGCAUCUCCGUGUUUGCAAAUAUUGGGAGCCAGGCUGCUCUCGAGAGAGAGAGACAGAGAGCCGCAGGAAUUGGAAAGCAGCGCCGGACUGCGUUUUUUGAUCCCCCUCCUUGCAAACAGAUCCAUAUCUCCUCUUUCUCUGUCGCCGUGCGAUUAAACUUUGCAUGUAACUUUUGCUUUUUUUUUUGGAAUUUUUUUUUCUCUUUGCACUGAAUAUCGGAUUUGAAUAUAUAUGUAUAUGUAUGUAUAGACCUCUCCUCGUCGCUGCUUUUGCUCCGGCUCCGGAGAAGUAAGCGGGGCUCUGUCCCUAGCCGCCCGGCUGUCACCGUCACCUGCCGCCCGCCAGCAUCCAGGGACCGCUCCGUGGAUGGUUGCGCGAUCCUUUAGCCCGACGGGCGCAGCCGGCUUGCCAGCGGACGCUUGACUUCUGCGCUGGGGAUUCCUGUCGGUGGGGCUGCAACUUUCCCAAAACCAUGGAUGUGCUCCCGAUGUGUAGCAUCUUCCAGGAACUGCAGAUUGUACACGACACGGGGUAUUUCUCCGCUUUGCCGUCUCUGGAGGAAUAUUGGCAACAGACUUGCUUAGAGUUGGAGCGAUAUCUUCAAAGCGAGCCCUGCUACGUAUCUGCUUCUGAAAUAAAAUUUGACAGUCAAGAGGAUCUGUGGACCAAAAUUAUUUUGGCACGUGAGAAAAAGGAGGAAUCUGAACAGAAGAGUGCGUGCCUUCCAAAGGAGGACCACACUAGUAGCCCGAACUUAGAGACUAACAGUUUGAAUUCUGAUAUCAGUAGCGAAUCUUCAGACAGCUCCGAGGAACUUUCACCUACGACGAAGUUUACCUCUGAUCCCAUAAGUGAUGUUUUAGGCUUAGCCAGUACGGGAAACUUGAGUUCAUCGGUCACUUCGACUCCCCCUUCUUCUCCUGAGUUGGGCAAGGAACCGUCUUCUCAGCCAUUAUUGGAUUGUGCGCCAGGUGAAUUGCAUUCACCAGGCAAAAUUCGUAGCGGUACUGGUGGAAAGACUGCAGAAAAGGGUACUCCGGUCAAUGGCGAUGCCUCUCCGGAUGGGAGAAGGCGAGUUCACAGGUGUCAAUUCAAUGGGUGCAGAAAGGUUUACACCAAAAGUUCACAUCUUAAAGCACAUCAGCGUACUCAUACAGGAGAAAAGCCUUACAGGUGUUCAUGGGAAGGGUGCGAGUGGCGUUUUGCGAGGAGCGAUGAGUUAACCAGACACUUCAGAAAGCACACGGGUGCCAAGCCUUUUAAAUGUAAUCACUGUGACAGGUGUUUCUCCAGGUCCGAUCAUCUGGCCCUUCACAUGAAGAGGCACCUCUGAAUGGGUGAAGAGGUCGAAUCCUGCGGGCUAAGAGGCUUCAAGGUUUGAGCGGCCUUGAAAGAGGGGAUGCGUGUUCCAGCCAAAGCAUGCCAUUUUUGCACCCUAACCCAGUUGCCUCCAGGGCCUCUCUUCCUUGGAAGGUCUUCAGAGGGCUAAAACAAAAGUCAUGUAAGAAACGGCAUAGCGACCGCACGGUGUGGGUGCGUGAUGUUUAGGUCUCCUGGACUCGUACACUGGUACCCAACCUUCUGAGUGGCUUCUACGCCUUCUGCCGUGAGCACGUGCACUGAGAAUGUUAAUGAUUGGACGGGCUGUAUGUUACUAAGGAUCUACUGGGCGACUGUAUGCUGAGGCACAUUAAUUUCUGUUUGUUUGUUUUUUUGUUUGUUCCUUGUGGUUGUUUUUAUAACCGUAAGAGAGGAAAGGUCAGCUGAAUGGGGGACUGUUUUUCCAGUUUGCAUACGUGAGGAAGGAUACCACAAGAUGGAGCGAUCACUGGUCAAUUUCCAAGGGGCGGGGGAGGGAAAGGGGUGUUUGCACCUUUUUUUAGCAUAAGAGGGGAAGCCGAAUGGGAGGGUAAGGAAAGUCAGGACACCAGAGUAAAGGGAGGGGCCCCUAUCCUGCGUGAGAGGAGCUUUUGGUGUCUGGUCCAGCUAUUAAAUGUGCAAUGUGUCAAGUAGCUUGGUUUUACUUGCUACAGAGCUCAUUUGUAAUCCAUUGUAUAAGCUGUGUAUUUACAAUAUAACACAACCUAUAACUUUUCAUUAUAAUACAAAAGUUAUUGCAUGGUUCUGGGGAACUAUAUGCUUUUUCCAUUCUUUAAUCAGGACUGCAAUUUUUUUUCCCAAUUCCAGUUAAAAGCUGCUAGGACACAAUUGGGUUUACGUUGCGUAACAUACAGAAUCGGAUUUUUUUUUUUACACAAAAAAAUGUCCUGUCGGGUGGAUAAGACCACUGUAGGCUAGAAACUGUUUUGUUGUUCAUUUGUCUUUUUCUAAGAAAAAAAAAUCUCAUGCAGCUAUUUCUUUUUCCCCGUGCGCUCUCUUAUUUAUGCCUUGAGGUCUAAUUUCUGGUUUUUCUCGCUGUUAAUGCACUGUUGACCUUAAUAAUGGUGCCUUAUGCAAAGUGAUCUUCUCUUGUGGGAGGUCUUAUACAGGGGUAUGGGCGAUGUAGGCUUCAUUAAGGCUCUCUUGUCACCUGACGUUGUACUGUAUCAAAUGUAUAUUACGAAGAGGUGGGAAGACAAUGCGCUUCUGUGCGGGGUUUCCACGUGCAGAAGCUCUCUUUGAUACAUCUGUACAAUGUUUAUUCUCUUGUCAUAUAUAUCUAUAUAUAAUUAAUUUAACUAUUACAGGGGAUAAUAAGGACUCCAACCUGGGUGGAUAUCUGGCCAGUUCCACCUCCUUGAGUAUCUGCCUUCUUUGAUCCUGUUUUCUUGACCUGGCACAAUUGUCACAUGUAUAUACAUCCCUCCCCCAGCCCUCGGCACUACAAAGAAGAAAAUCCCUGAGUUGCAUCCAAUGGUUCCUUUCCUUCCUGUUGGAUCCAGUGAUUCCCUUCCAUGCAUUCUUUCUCCACUGGAGGAAAUUGGUGUUAGUUGAAGCAAGACUUUCAGGCAGGAAAGUCAUUGGGUCCAGCUUGCAAGGGAAAGGGUCUUUGGUUCCAACCUCCUGCGCUUCGAAAUGUGGUUUUUUGUUUUUCAUGCCUAUUUAAAAGCGCAGGAGUAUUCAAAAAGGAAAAAAAAAGGAUUUGCUUAGAAAGGCACAAGUUUCACAUCUAUAUAUCUAGCCUGAGACGGAAGAAAAUAAAAUACUUUUUGUUAAACAAGAAAAGCAAAAAAAAAAAGUUAUUAAGCGGGCAGAAAGUUUCUGUGUAUGUAUAUUUGUGUGUGUAUAGUAUGUGUAGCUGUGUGUGUGUGUGUGUGCGUGUGUAUAAAUAUAUAUAGAGAGAAAGAUAAUAUAUUAUUUUUUUAAAGAAAUUGCGUUUUGGUAGAAAAUAUCCUGUGAGGAAUCCUCUGUUUUCUCUUCAUUUUGUUCCCGAAGGAAGUAGACCAUUAAAAAGACUCUCUUUGUUUCCUCCCUUUCCCGUUUGGAUUCUUUGAUUUUCAAAGGGACUCCAGUCUGCAUGAGUGUUCUGCAAGGCCCACAUCUGCGCUGGGAUCUAGGCUUUGCACUCAAAAGUUCCCCAGUGUCCAAUUGGCUCACUCGACCUCAGCUUAUGAGGCCUAUCAGAAUCCCCUACAGGUGAAUGCGAGUGCCAGAUUAGGAUAUAUUGUGACAUUGUCAGUUCUCAGUGUUUAAAACUGAGAUGUCUUCAAGGCAAUGGAAAUGACCCCACCCCCAACAUGGAGGCAUGAGUGAGACCCCUGGCGUUUUUGUUCCAGCGGCAUUAUUUCUGGGGAGAAGAGCAUGUGGAAUUUCCCGUGUUGCUGGCUGCUUCCACUCCUGGUCUUCUGCCUUGUCAUUGGGAAGGGCAUCAGCUGGAACAUCACUCCAAGGGCCAGCUGUGUCUUCUUAAAUAUUAUUAGUUCCUCUGGAAACAGUAUUGUCCAGGGCCAUUCAAAGAUGGACCUUCUAGCAGGGGCAAAAGCCCCACAUUUCUCAACCCUUUAGCUUAUCAAGAAGCCCCCAAUAAUAGUUUUGUUUAAUUUUGGUAUCCCUUUUAUGCUAAGCUUUUGCAUGUGCUAGAAAAGAUAUUUCCUAAAAGCUGGUGAGUUUUUUGAAAACUGCUUUCCUUUUGACAGUGACACACACACGCACACACAACAUACACAUACAAACCACAUCUGUAACCCAUUUCUUGUUAUUUGGGGCAGUGUUUUUUUCUUCUUCCUGGAAAUUAUGAUCAAGAUUGAUGGUUCCCUGAAACGUUUUCAUGCAAAACUUUUUAUCUGAUUCUAAAGGAAUACCCAAGCUUUACCGCAUUUUCUCAUUGCAUUGGGUUUGUAAAUGCUUGGAAGUGCAGUUCUGGAAGGGGUAAAAAAGUCCUGGGAAAAUAUAUUGGCUCCACAUGGGGUAUCAUGCACAGAGGGGGCUUCCUUGUUCUCAUCAGUAUUGAUGAAUUUGUUGUAACCACACUGAGACACUCCACUGUAUAUGUGGUGCAGCCCUUCCCCCAAUCCGGUAAAUCCCUCGCCUACAUAUGUGGGUGAAUCAGAGCUCCAGCACAUACAUGAAGGCAAAAUUGUUUUUCAGUCUGUUUGGGAUGUGUUUUGAGGGGAGAUUUUUAACUCCUUGGCUGCAAUAUUCUCUGUUUAGCUGUAAUUAGGAAUAUCUGUUAUAACGAUUAAGAUUUUUCCCCCCUUGAAAUAACGGUUUCCUUGCUUCUUAAGCAAAGAAAAUGAAAAUUCCCCGUUGCACUAGCUUUUCUCAGCUGCAAAAUACUGAAAUUGUUUUCGGAUUGGACAGUGGCUGUCUGCCAAAUGUCAAAAUGCCUGUCAGUCUUGUGGUGAGCAAGUACAGUUUGUUCAGGUGAUAACUGAGCCUCAAUUAAGCUGAAAGAAAAAAAAACUUUUUUUGCUUGAAAUUUCAGAAGAAAAUUUCUAUUCGUGAAAUUUCUUUCUUUUUUUGUUUGUUUCUGUUUCGUUUUUUGGAAGCACCCUGUUAUCUAAAGAAUCUCUUUGUAAGAUUUUUGUAAAAAAAAAUUUGUUUUACAAGAUUUUAUUUGAAAUUGUUUUUUGCAAGAUUGUUAUAUUUCUGUAUGAAUGUAUUUUUUAUUGGAAUAACAUAAAAAAAUUCUUAUCAGCAUA